UGCGGUUCAGUGCAAAACACUGCAGUUUAAGUGAUUUCAUCCCGGAAAGACUCCAGCGAAUAUCGAGAUGUCCAUGUUUUAUCCCUUUUCCCAACGAGACCUUUUACAUUAAACGCCGGUAAAGGGAGGAACCCAUCAUUUAAGUGUUUGUGGAACUGUAAUAAAGCAUGAUGGGUGCACUUGGGAACGGUCGACGUGGCGGCCGCUCUUCAUCUUUGCUGUUGGUGGCUCUCAUCGCCUGCAUCUUCUUGCUUGGCUUCAACUAUUGGGUCUCAAACUCCAGAAACGUCGAGCUCCAGCGCAAGAUAUUGGAGCUGGAGGACCGCAUGAGGAAGCUGGCUGUAGAAAGUGACAGAGAGCAGCAGAAGGCCGAGGAUGAGUCACGCAGACAGAACGAGCAGCUGGAGUUAAUGGAGGAAACACACCAAAGACAGCAGGAAAGCGCUCUGAACACCUGGAAAAAAGAAAAAGAGAGUCUGAAGAUCAACAUUUCCACCAGUGCUAAAAUGGUGCAAGACAUGAAGAACCGUAUGCAGUCAUUACUGCAGGAUGUGAGUAAAGCGCAGAGUGAGCUGAAGUCCUGUCAAAAUAACAUGGACACGCUCAGUAAGAAAGCCAGCAGUGAGAUGUCUCAGUGCAACAAACAAGUUGAGGCCAUAAAAGAGGAAUGCAAUGAGAAAAUGGCAGCUGCCAAAAUGGAAAAGCAAAGGACGUCUGAAAAGGAUGCUGAUGGUUCCAUGCCGAAAGUCUCUGUUUCAAAAGCCAAAUCUGAUGUGCCCGCCACAAACCAUUCAAAUAAAAGUGUGGCAGAACCUCCGAACGGCAAACCAGAUGUGGAUUCACAGCCCAAAAAUGAUGCUAAGGUCCAAACCAAUGAGUUAGUAGUGGAGAAAAAGGAAGAAGAUGCUGUGAUUUUACAAGACUUGCCCACGCCCACCUCCAAACGGACCAAUAAGAGUGAGACUCUUAACAGACCAGCCAAUGAAGAAGUUCCAGAAGCAGUGGUGGACAUUAAAGGAGAUACUGUGCUGGAAAAUGACAUCGGGAUUGGAGAUGACGAGGAGGAGGAGGAAGAUGUCAAAAUUGGGUACAGGAAAGAGGAAGAUGCAGCAAACGGGAAGGAAGACGCCGUUAUGUACGACAAUGAGGGCGAGAUAGAAAAACAGCUCUCUAAAAUUAAAGAUGAAAAUCAAGGUGCAGGUCUAGAUCUAGAGGAUGAUGUGGCUAAUUAUAACGGUGAUGAUGACAACCAACCGGAGUCUGAGGACGAGAAGCAGGCGGAGCUCGCAGGGAUGUAACGAACAUGCUUCUGAUCACAACGAGUCUGCUAACAGCAACAUUUUCUUCAGCUGAAGACUGUCACAAACCCUUAUCAGUGACCUCCCAACAGCUCGGCAGACGUUUAAAAGGUGGGAGAGGAAACCUGCUGUAAAGACUCAUUUGUGCUGGUGAAUACUGCACUACUGUGUAAUGAAGGAUAUGAGUUUAUGUCAUUAACAAACUCAAAAUCAAAUCUCAUAUGUCUUACCAGGACAGGCAUGAAGACAUUAUUUUGCUAGUAUUGAUUUUAGUUUAAACUUGAAUGUAACUACUUAUGACAACAAGCCUUUAAAUUAAUGCAUCAUGGUGAAUUUUUCCUGUCAAACCUCUUCUUAAAUGUAAGAUGCUUUGGUCUUGUACAAAAACAACUGCUGAUUUGUUACAAAAAAGGCUUUAUCUUGUCUUUACGGUUCAGGUUCCGUUUUGACGAAACUGGAUGUCAACAUUUUAGCUGCUGAAAACACAGGAAUAUUAGAUGUUUAGACUAAAAGACACAUUUCUCUUCACUCAUUUAAUAACAGUGCAAUCCAGGCUUUUAUUUGCUGUAAAAGGAUAUUUUUAUGUUGAAUUUUUUACAUUUUCAUGUUGGGAACUGGAAUAUGUUUUUGAAAAAUAUGGGUUUCUUACUGAAUUUCUGAUCUCAUAAUAAAAAUUAUUUUGUUGCGCUACUCU